AUGGACGAAGAGGAGUUGUUUCAGUCACUACAUGAAAUGUUCGAUGAAGAGCAGGCAGCUCUUACGGGCAAGACGUGCAUUUCAUUUGAUAUGUGGGGCUCUUGUACACCUCGAAACAUAUGCAAGAAAAUUCGUCGUACAGCAUACUUAAAACCUUUGCAUCGAGAGCUUGUGCGUCAAUUUCUCGGCAUAUGUAUGGGUGCUGGUGUAGAGGUUUUCGUCUACGGCGGGACGGCCUUGGGUGUACUGCGUGAAGGUGGACGAAUGAUUGCCUUCGACUACGAUACCGACUUUGCCACACUCGAAUAUCCAUGGGGGAGUGAGCUGUCCUCCGAGGGAACACUCUCUCGUUUGGCUAACUUUUGUCUUCGUGAACAGAGCGGCGUCAGAGUGGUCAAUGUUGAAGGCCUUCAAUCUGAACUCCUCUUUGAUGCAACUAUUGAAGUGGAUUUCCAAAAUUCCCUUUCCUCCGCUCCCUGGCUUUUCGUGAAUUCCGAGGGGCGUGUCUGCGAGCGAUCCUAUACGGGUUCAGGCUCCAAGCGUGCCAAAUUCUACUUCACUUCUCAUGGCUUACGAGAGGCUACCGAGAGAGUGGGGCGGGUGAAGUCGUCUGUAGUCCAGAGGCUUAAUAAUGACGUCACCGAAAUCCACGUAGACUUGUUCACGCUUUCGCCGCAUCCUGACUCACCUCAAAGUCAUCUUCGAGUGAACUGGCACAAGGAAGGCCUCUAUGAUUCGAUUAGCAAAAAAUUCUCAUACAGCUUAUUCUUUCCUCUGAAAAGAGUUACUUUUGAAGGAUUAGACGUUUUGGCUCCCUCUAAUUUGGAAGGGUAUCUCACAGAAGAGUACGGCUACCUGGGCAGGGAUGCUAUGUAUGACUCGACCCGACAGCGCUAUAUGAAAAUACCUGAACACUUGCGUGAUUCUCUACCUCCCUAUUAUAAGAAGUACCUAUUGGAGUCCCCUUUUGAUACACCAUUGUCGUGA